GGCCAUCAACAUCAUCUAUUGUGCCAUAAACCUGGAUGACUACCGGAAGAUUUCUUGUUGUUCCACCGCCAAGGAAAUGUGGGACAAGCUAGAAAUCACCUAUGAAGGUACGGAUCAAGUCCGAGAAGCUAAAAUAGAUUUUCUAACCCAUGAAUAUGAGUUGUUUCGUAUGAAGGAGAAUGAGAAAAUCGAUGAGAUGUUUGAACGACUCUCAAAAAUCGUCAUUGACCUCCACGCUCUCAAAAAGACGUACAUGGACAAGGAGCUUGUAAGAAAAAUCUUGCGGAGUCUCACAUCGGAAUGGGGCUCCAAAGCCGAUGCUAUCCAAGAAUCCAUCGGCAUCACCAACGUCACCAUCGACGGGCUUAGAGGUAACCUCAAAACCUAUGAGUCUACCAUUCUUUUGCCCUCUUUAGGCGAACAAAAGAAGAAGGGAAUUGCACUCAAGGCUUCCACAAGCCAAGAACCUGCCAUAGAGGAAUCGAGCAACGAAGAAAACAAGUUCGAGCUCGUUAUCAAGAAAUUCUACAAGUUCAUGCGGAAGGAGUAUGAACAGAAGAGCAAGAAGCAAGGAGGACCACCCAAAUGGGUGUGGAGGAAUUGGGCAUAUCAAGCCAAAAUGCUCAAACGCCAAGAAUGAGAAAGAGAAGAAGCCAUUCAAACAGCUGUUAGAUUAACGUCCCAACGCUAGAGGGGGGGUGAAUAGCGUUUGAAACAAAAAUGACGCAGGAAUAAAAAAUUAAAAGCGUAAAUAGUAAGAAAUUUUUACCUUUCUCCGUAAGCGGAAAAAACGAAGAAGUCGUAAGAAGAGCGUUGAAAGUGCAAACGUAACCGUUCAAGCGUCCGGCCUCCAACUUUGACACACGAACAACGCCGGAGUCUACCACAAUCUUUAUGCUAGUAAAGAUUAUAGUAGUAUAAAAUAUAAAGAUUAAAAUUUGGGAUAAUAAUAAUCUUGUAUAUUUCUAUAGAAAAUAUUUCUAAUAAUAUUUAGAAAAUAUU